AUCCAUGGGUUGCUAAGCGAAGUUAUCACACGUCUUACCAUUUAUUUUUGUGCAGAGAGACUUGGAAACAGAAUAUAAAAAGAUGAAAGUGGUCGCGUUGAUAAGUGGAGGCAAAGACAGCUGCUACAACAUGAUGCAGUGUGUUGCUGCAGGUCACCGGAUUGUGGCUCUGGCCAACCUGCGUCCUGCUCACAAAGACGAGUUGGACAGCUACAUGUACCAGACCGUGGGCCACCAAGCUAUAGAGCUGUAUGCUGAAGCCAUGGACUUGCCUCUUUAUAGACGCACCAUCCAGGGCUGCAGCCUGGACACCAGCAGAAACUACAGUAUAACAGAGGGGGACGAGGUGGAGGACCUGUACCAGCUGCUGCAUCUUGUCAAGGAAAAGGAGGGUGUUGAGGCAGUGUCUGUCGGGGCCAUUCUGUCUGAUUACCAGAGGAUCCGUGUGGAAAAUGUAUGUAUGCGGCUUGGUUUGCAGCCCUUGGCCUUCCUAUGGCGUCGAGAUCAAGAGUCGCUCUUCUCUGAGAUGAUAACAUCUAACCUGCAUGCUAUCCUCAUUAAAGUAGCUGCCGUAGGCCUGGAUCCCGAAAAGCACUUAGGGAAAUCCCUUGCUGAUAUGGAACCCCUUCUGAAACAGCUCUUCAACAAGUUUGGAGUUCAUAUAUGUGGUGAAGGAGGUGAAUAUGAAACCUUCACACUUGAUUGUCCUCUGUUCAAAAAGAAGAUAGUCAUAGAUGCAGCUGAGACAGUGAUCCACUCAGCAGAUGCUUUUGCUCCAGUUGGCUACCUGCGCUUCACCAAAAUGCACACGGAGAGCAAACACGACGAUGUGGUGGCGAGAGCUCUGCCCCAUGGUAGUUGUCCUUGCCAGAGUGCCAUUGACAAGAUGACUGAAGAGGUGAAAUAUGCUGAUCAAGCCGAAGACAACCAGCACAAAUUUACAUCAAGCUGUGACCUUAGUUGUCAGCGGGGCCACGAUGAGCUGGACAACAGAGCUUGGAAGCUGACGAACAUCAUAUUGGUUCAUCUGUAUGUGAGGAGCAUGGAAGACUUUGCUGCUCUUAAUGCCGUCUACAAAAGGCACUUCGACACAAACCCUCCAGCCAGGGUUUGUGUUCAGGCACCUCUCCCUGCUGGUCAGCUGCUGCAGAUGGACUGUCUGCUCCAUGACUGGAUCGAGCCCCUGGAGGAAGGCUGCUUCCACCAGAAGGAAGCUCUGCAUGUCCAGAGCCUGUCCCACUGGGCUCCGGCUAACAUUGGACCAUACAGCCAAGCCCUCAGGGUAGAUGAGGUGGUGUUCUGUGCUGGUCAAAUUGCUUUGGUCCCCUGCACCAUGAAAUUAGUAAAGUUUGGCACCUUCACACAAACCCAGCUGACCCUCGGCCAUGUGACGAAGGUUUUGGAAGCCGUGAUCAACGGCUUAACUCUGCAGCAUGUCGUCCAGGCCCACUGCUACACUACACGACACCAAGACUCUGAGAUGAUCAGAAACGUCUGGGACAACAUGCUGAAGUCUGCAGGGGAAGAGCAGAACUUUUGGGAGUCUGAGCUCAAACCUAUGCCAUUAUUGAUAGUAGUGGUGCCUGCCUUACCCAAGGAUGCAGCCUUUGAGCUUCAUGUAACAGCAGUUAAAGACGAUCCCUCCCAAAGAACGUCUCAUGAAAUAACUACGCAUGUGGCGUGUGGAUCUAUAGAAUGCCACUCUGUACUGUCUGCUGAUGGCAUGAGUGGUUCUCUGUCAAUAUCUCUGGGCGUUCCUGGCGACAACCUAAAAGUUAGUGAUGUGAAAUGUGUCACGGAGGAAGUUGGCACCACGUUCAUGAAAGCCAUGAAGAUGAUGGACGCUCAGCUGGUGCCUCAGUGUGCAAGGGUGUUCUACAAGUGCAGCCAUGCUCUAGUUCACCAGAUUGUUCAAGGACUUGAAGAACGUUUGAGAAGCUCUUUAGCAGAGUCCAGUCCAUCUGUGGCUUUUGUUCCCGUCCUGGACCUGCCCGACUCGCAGCUCUUCCACUUGUCCUGCUGGCUCAGUUUAUAA